AUGGCUAACUUCGAGUCCGUAUGCAAAGCGCUCGAAAAUGUCAAGAGUCUGUACGAACAGGAAAUAAAGAGAGUCAAGGAUGAACAUGAAGAAGAAAUUAAGAAACUCGAGGAUGCCCACCAAAAUGAAAAAUGGACGCUAAAUGCUUCCAUUGAGGGGUUGAGGCGCGGAAUGGAAGACAAUUGGAGUGCAUGGAAGAUUUCAGAGAGUGCAUACAAAAGAUGCUUGGAUGAGAAAAUAGAGGUGGAGCGAAAACUGAAGGUAUCGGAGGCCCAACGUAUCGAAUCGGGCAAAAAGCUUGAGGGAUUGGGCAAAACAACUGAGGAACUGCGAAGCCAAGUGGAGGAUCUCAAACAGAAACAACGAAUGAGCGAAUCGGACAAGGAGGUUGAAAAGGCGAUGGAGGCUUUGAUGAAAGCGUAUGAAGCGAAAAAAGCUGCGGAAGACAAAGAAGAAGGCGGCCAAGUAGAAGCUGGCCCAGAACGAAAGAAGCGACGUACUCGCUGA